AGUUUUUUUAUAUAUAAUGUUUUAUUUUCAUAUAAUAAAAAAUAGAAUUUAAGUUGAUUGAAAUAAAAACAAAAUUGGAGAGUUGGGACUAACAAUAAAUUAAACAAUUAAUUUAUGUAUUUUUUAGAAGAUAACUUUUUUAAUUUCUCAACAAGACUGAGAUCGAAGAGGCGAAAACAUUGCAACCAUAUCCCUCGAAUGGAUACAAAAUUUGCCAUAACUUCUCUUUAUGUGAAUGGUAGUAUUGAGAUACAAAUGGCAUUAUCUGGUGGCUUAAUUGAUAGAGCGUCAGUGUAAUCCCCUCUCUUCUAAUUUAAAAAAUAAUAAUAAUAAUAAUAAGAAGAUGUUGUACCGUUGUUGUGUUGGGGUGGCCUGUUGAGGAGCCCUAGCUUAGCCCGACUAGAGCAACUCACGGGGAGAGAGACUUGGCCGUAAUGCCAAACACUAAACUGAAUGUCAAUGAGGGAUCAUGUUGUCAUGACUUCUUGAAUGCUUAAAUAACAUGACAUAUCAUAUGGUUUAAAAAAUAACACUAUCCUCUCUUGACUUUGAUAAGAAGGUGUUAAAUGACAAUUACACCUUUUAUACUUUAAUUAUUAUUUACCAAUAUAACAUGUGGACAAAAAUGCCUUUCAAACUUUUUAAGGUCAAAAUUGGGUUUUAAAUACAUAUAUAUAUAUAUAUAUAUAUAUAUAUAUUUAAGCAAUUAUUAAAAUCACACCCUACUUCUAUUGAAGUUCGAACCUUCAAUCUCUUCUUCAAGAAAGAAAGGAUGAUACCAUUGGAUCACUUGAUCUUUUGAUAAAAUAUAUAUUUAAAUGCUUUGCUUUAGAAUUGAACCUUGGACCUCUUGUAAAAUAGUCAAAGAUUCCACAAUCUCCACAAUCUCAGCUAACUUGCUCUUUAUUUUAAGCCAAGUUAACUCCUUAUUUUAAACAAAUUUCAAGUAUGACAUUGGCCGACAUUUUUGACAAGAGAAGUUGUCCUUCUCAUUUUCACUAUGCUAUUAUUUAUAACAUUAAUUUGUAUGUUUUUAUAUUGUGAUUCUUACUAAAAAGUGAAAAAUUUAAAAAAUCACUUUGGUGGUAUUAAUUCGCGACAUAUCAAUUUUGAAACAUGAAGUCCACUAUAAAUUUCACUGCGUUUUGAUUUUGCCAUAAAAAAAAAAAUAAAUAAAACCUUGUUAGAAAAAACUAAAAAAAAAUGGAAAAAUAAGAUUAAAAAUCUGAAAUGAAACAAAUAAUAAUAAUAAAACGAAUCAUUUCUCUUGGCAAAGCCACAGCAUGGUUCUUGCAAAUUGCACACAAUUAUCACAAUUCACCACAAUACCGAUACACAAAUCAACCCAUAUUCACACCUCCAAUAUAAAAAAUUACAACAGAUUUCAAAAUAUUCACACAAAAAACGACACAUAUUCAUAUAAUUACAAGAAUAUGUGUAUAUAGACAGAAAUAUACAUAGAUGGACCCAACGCCAGAGAGCGACGCCGUUCCAUUUUUUCAUUUAAUGAUCGAGGUGCGGUGGCGGUAGAUCUAUCGCCGGUGGGCAUCUCCGCGACGUCGGUGUCCAUUGAUGGCACCUAAAAGGAGUUAAUGUUAGAUUCUCUCUUUAAUCUUUAUGGGUUUUGUAUCUCUGUUCGGAGAGAGGGAGGGGAUACAGCGCGGAGGAGAGAGAAAUGGUAGCGGUGAUCGCCACCACCGUAUUCAGUUUUCGGUUCAAUAAUGACAAUUGGAACAAUGUUAGGUGCAAUAGUAAGUGGUAAAGCAGCUGAUCUUAUUGGCCGGAGAGGUGCGAUGUGGUUAUUGGAAACAUUUUUUAUCAUGGGGUGGCUUGCAAUAAUCUUUGCUAAGGGUGCUUGGUGGCUCGACUUUGGAAGACUACCAUUGGGAUUCGGAAUUGGUAUUCAUGGUUAUGUGGUACCUGUAUAUAUAGCAGAAAUCACUCCCCAUAAUAUUCGAGGGGGAUGUUCAGCAGCUAGUCUGUUGAUGGUAAGCGUUGGUGUGUCACUAAUGUUUGUAAUUGGCAAUGUUGUUACUUGGCGCACCUUGGCUGUAAUUGGAACCAUACCAUGUUUGGUACAAGUUGUUGGCUUAUUCUUCAUAGCAGAAUCACCGAGAUAUUUGGCGAAGAUUGGUAAAGAAAGAGAGUUAGAAGCAACCCUACUACGUCUGAGGGGAAAAUCUGCUGAUAUUUCUAAAGAAGUGGCCGAGAUCAGAGAUCUCACUGAAAUGCUUCAACGGCUUUCAGAGUCCAAAUUUCUAGACUUGUUUGAGCGGAAAUAUGCUCAUUCACUCAUUGUUGGAGUUGGGAUAAUGCUACUGGUACAAUUUGGAGGGAGCAGCGCGAUUUCAUAUUAUGCAAGUUCAAUUUUUGAAUCCGCUGGUUGCUCUGUUGGUGUUGGGACUACGGCAAUGGCCAUUAUUCAGAUUCCAUUUUCCAUUUUGUGUGUAUUCUUAAUGGAUAAAUUUGGAAGACGACCACUCUUGAUGGUUGGUGCAGCUGGAACAUGCUUGGGGUGUUUUCUUACAGGAUUGGCAUUCCUCUUGAAGGAUUUUCAUCAACAGACGGAACUCACUUCCAUUUUUGGGCUUGCUGGCAUCCUGGUAUAUAUUGUAUUUUUUUCAUUGUGCUUGGGUGGUACACCAUGGGUUAUCGUGGCAGAGAUUUUUCCAAUAAACAUAAAAGGUGCAGCCGGAAGUCUUGUGAAUUUGUCCUACGGCUUCAGUUCUUGGAUUGUUUCCUAUGCUUUUAAUUUCUUAUUUGAAUGGAGCUCAGCAGGAGUAUUCUUCACAUUUGCAAGCAUUUGCUUUAUAACAAUAAUAUUUGUUGCAAAGCUGCUCCCAGAGACAAAGGGACGAACGCUAGAAGAAAUUCAAGCAUCCAUGAUCCAUCUCCACCAAUCAGAUACAGUACUUAGAUAGUUAAAUAACUGUCAUAAUAAUAAAAACACUGUUUAUUGGACAUUUGUGUGAUCAUCUCUCUUUGUUAUAAGAGAUUUAAUUUUUUAUUUGGAGAAUGGAGAACAUAUGGUUUGAUAAUUUUUUUAUGUAUUUUUUUAUAUUUUGUGAUUUAGAUAUGAAGUGUAAUUGUGAGCAUUCAAAAAUUUCCAGUAAAGGUCUCUUUCCA